GACUUCCCGCUAUAAAUCUUCACCAUUUCCCCAAUUAGGGUUUUUGUACAUUAUCGGCCGUCGCCGUCGCCGUCGCCGUCUCAACUCUAGAGAGGGAGAGGGAGAGAGAGAUUUGCAUUAGGAAAAGAUGAAGACGAUCCUCUCAUCGGAAACUAUGGAUAUCCCCGAGGGGGUGAAGAUCAAAGUGAACGCCAAAAUCAUAGAGGUAGAAGGCCCUCGGGGAAAACUCAUUCGUAACUUCAAGCAUUUGAAUUUGGAUUUCCAGUUGAUUACCGAAGAGGAAACUGGAAAGAAGAAGCUCAAGAUUGAUGCCUGGUUCGGAUCCAGGAAGACUUCGGCUGCCAUUCGUACUGCACUUAGCCAUGUUGAGAAUCUCAUCACUGGUGUCACUAAGGGUUAUCGUUACAAGAUGCGGUUUGUUUAUGCUCAUUUUCCGAUCAAUGCUAGCAUCACCAGCGGCAACAAGUCUAUCGAGAUCCGUAACUUUCUUGGUGAGAAAAAGGUGCGAAAGGUGGAUAUGCUUGACGGAGUAUCGAUUGUUCGAUCUGAGAAGGUCAAAGAUGAGUUAGUCUUGGAUGGUAAUGAUAUAGAGCUUGUAUCUCGAUCUGCUGCCUUGAUAAACCAGAAAUGCCAUGUCAAGAACAAAGACAUCCGGAAGUUCCUUGAUGGUAUUUAUGUCAGCGAAAAGGGAACUGUUUUGGAAGAGGAGUGAAGAAUCUAGUUCUGUUCAACCACGUUUUGGCCUUUGGAGAUAAUUUCAUCUUAUAUAUUUUAUGUUUCAUAAGUAGAGAAAUUCAUGGAAGCUGUCUUUUUGGAGGGAUAAGUAUGUGCUGUAGACAAAUUCACAAGCUUUUUAGUUCGUGGCUGAUGUCUGAUAGAGGAAAUGCCAGUUUUUUAGUUCAAUUUGUAGUUAGUAUGGUACGAUGAAGCAAAAUUAGUGCUUGUGGAUUCACUUCUUCUUGACUUUUGGCCAUAAAUUUUGCAAUUUUGCAAUUUUUCGUUUGCUAACUUCAUAUUUGGUGUCUGACCAAGUUUACGUUUUGUCAUAUAUAGAAAGCUGUUUUUUCCUGU